AUGAACCAAUCUAUUGCAUCUUUAAUUAGGAAUAAGGUGUUUAAAGCAAGAAAAAACUUAGAUAUUGAAGGGAAUAGUAACACACAGUCUUUACCCAAUCUCGAGAAACUAUCCCUAAGUGCUGAAAAGCCUCUACCCAACGAAGAAGAAGAUGAUGAUGAUGAAGACGACGAUGAUGAUAAUGAUUCCCCUGCUGAGGCAAUAAAAAUCAAAAAGAAAAACAGCAAGAUGAUGAGAAUCAGGAAUAGGAUGACUUCACCUGAAUUGGGUUUUAAAAAUAGUAAGAAACAUAAUGAAGGCGAACUUAAUGAACAGGAGGGCCAAAGUUACAACAGAAAGGUCUCGUCCUUUUUUUCGAAACGUAGAGCAAUUUCGACUAGUCCGUCCUUGGGUCGCCCUGAAAGGUUCUCUCAUAUGGAAGACGACCCUUUGAUACAAGGGACAGCAUAUGUUGAAAGCUUUCCUACCGUUUCCAGGACGCCUACAGCAUCUUCAGUCGGUUCUUCGGCGAGAUUGUUUCUCAAUUCAUCAAAGAGAAACACCGUAGCAUCAUCAUCCUCAUUAAGAUUCAAUUUGAACAUGGAAAGACACUCUGAUUCGUUUACAGAUACUACAGUGGACUCAAGAGCGCAAUCGUCCGAUCAUUUUACCCAGAUACGUACUAGUGACUCUCUGCAAGAUACCGGUAGAAGGUCAACCAGACAGCGGAGUAAGACUAUUGACGUUGCUGAUGUCAGGUACAGGAAACAUAUUUCCAAUUCUGAAAUGAUCUUGGAAAACUCCAGACCGGAUAAUAAGUCAUCGGUGAAUGAUAUAAUUUUUCAAUCAAGACCAAAGAGUUCAGUUACACCUACUACUUUUUUACCGAAUAAAUCAUAUGACUCUUUAAAGACCUCCAGAGUAUCGACUGGAUCUCCCCAUCAUGAUAACAGUUCUACAACUUUGUCAAAUAAUAAAAGAAGUGCUUCGAUUGUUAAUGCAUUAAGUAGUUUGGUCAGUUUAAGGUCUACUUCGAGACAAUUGUCCACAAGCAAGGCAGCUGUAGUUUUGGGUGACCUUCCAGAACCGCCUGAACCGCUCGAAAGCGAAGGAUAUAAUAGCUAUUUGGAAAGAUUAUCACCAUAUGGCAAAUUCAUUGGUUUUGUCCUUUGUGCAAGAGAUAAUCCAUUCAAACUGAACUGUCUAAGACAUUUCAUAAGGGAGAAUUUUGAUGUUAGGAACGAUUCGCUCGAUAUAGCACUAAGGAAAUUACUGAUUUUUUUCGAGUUACCAAAAGAGUCACAACAAAUUGAUAGAUUAUUGAUUGAAUAUAGUAGAAACUAUUAUGAUUCACAAUCAAGAGAGCAUAGUGACCUGAAUCCGUGGGAAAAUGAGAAUCAAGUCUAUUUUAUUUUAUAUUCUUUAUUAGUUCUGCAUACCGAUUUCUACAAUCCAAAUAACAAAAACAAAAUGACAAAACAAGAAUUUGUCAAUCUUGUUUCUACUGAUACAUACUCAAAUGGUAAUAAAUUCCCCAUUGAAAUACUUAAUUAUUAUUAUGACAACAUUAUAAGUAUAGAGUCACCAAAAUUUGAAAUUUUGUCCUCAGAAAAUGAAAUCUAUUCCCCAAAGAAACUAAUAAGGGAGAAAAAGGUGUUGAAUAAUGAAAUGAAAUUUUUUGAACCGAUCAAUUUUACCACUAAUAGACCAUCCUCUAACUCAUUUUCUUCAUUUCUACAACAUUCAAGUUUAUUGACUUUAUCUGAUGAUAUUGAUGUCUAUUCAAACAUUUUGAACGAUACGUUAGAGAAUGUGUCAUUGCAUGAGCAAGUUGAAAGACUAAUACAAUUUGGUCUCAAAGAGCAAAUUACUAAAGGUAAACCCAAGUAUAAAAAGUAUUAUAAUAUUUUGAAAGAGUUUAAAGGUGCGUAUUUACGAAUUCCAAAGGACUUUAUUUCCAAAUUUUCAAAUCUGGGCUCUUUUGAAAUAGCAAGUAAAUCAGUGAAUGAAGACAACGAAUUCAUAUAUGCCAAGAUAAUCCAAAUGGGCGAACUAUGCGUUUUCAAUAAGAAAAGUGCAUUGAAUCAAUUUACAAAUAAGAAUAAGUAUGCAUUAUUGACGACCUUCGGUAUGCUUAUUUACGAUAGUAAAAGAAGGACCAACGAUGAGUUCUUCACACCAGAACUAGUAAAGAAUGAUAUAGUAGGAGAAAGCUAUUAUUUGAUUGAAAUUAAGCCGGGAUUUGACUUUGUGCCACUUGAUCACUUAUUUGCAGAAUCCAAUGAAAAUGAACAGGAUGAAACAAAUAGCGAAACAGAAUUGGCUAUAUGGUACAAUGGCAAUCGGAUUAUUUGGAGGUGUGCGAAUACUUAUGAAAAAAAUAAUUGGAUUGACUCAAUCAACCUAUUGAGAUGUAUUUACGGCUGUGAGUUCAACUUCGAUUGUUUAAGUGACACAAUAAUCUUUAAGAGGGACGAUACAAUAGCUAAUAAACUUAAAACUAUCGGAAAACAGAGAUUGAAAGAGUAUAAGAAGUUAAGACGAAUGAAAAAAGUAUUAAUCCUUUAUGGACAAUGUGUUCCUAUUAGUUUGAAGACGAGAAAUGAAUUAAUCAUACAAAUCAAACAGCAGGCUGUCAAGAUUAAUGAAAUAAGAAACAAGAUUGAUAAGUUAUCAAAUGACAUCAACAUUAUAGACCAGAUUACAUAG